ACGCGCGCACAGGGGCUUGCUUCACUAUAUUUUGACAGCUUUCUCCAGCGAGGAGGCAUCUCGCUCAGGAGCGCUUUCACUUUCUCUUGAGUUUCCGCGCACACUCGCUGUGAGCCUGGGGUUGUCUCACUCCAAACCUUUUAACCAGAAGCCCCUGCAGCACGGCACCAUGAGCAAAAAGAAAAAGGAGUGGAGAACGGAGAAAGACCGCUUGCUCAGUCUUGGACCGGAGGAAAGACGUAAAGAGUACGGGGACAACUAUGUGGCUCUGGACAAGAUUCCCACCUGGAGGCAUCACCACAGUAGAGAGUCAGAUGAAGAGGAGGAAAACCCGGUCUCAUUGUGUGACAAAGUCUCUCUGUACAAGGGUGACAUCACCAUCCUGGAAGUGGACGCCAUCGUGAAUGCAGCAAACUCCAGUCUCCUCGGUGGUGGCGGAGGUAAGCAUUCUGAACUUUCCCAACCCGUUCGUAGCACUUCACUUUCUCGUUCGAGAAACACAAUGGAUGGCUGCAUACACAGAGCAGCGGGACAUUACCUGUAUGAAGAGUGCCACUCACUAAACGGCUGCGAGACGGGCAAAGCCAAGAUCACCUGCGGCUACGACCUUCCUGCCAAGUAUGUGAUCCACACUGUUGGCCCCAUUGCCAGAGGAAACGUGGGCAUGGUCCAAAAAGCAGAUCUUGCAUCCUGCUACAAGAGCUCCCUAAAGCUGGUGAAGGACUAUAGUUUGCGCUCUGUGGCCUUUCCGUGCAUAUCGACAGGAAUUUACGGUUUUCCCAAUGAGCCGGCUGCCGACAUCGCCCUGAACACCGUGAGGGACUGGCUGGAGGAGAACCGGGACAAGAUCGACCGCAUCAUAUUUUGUGUCUUCUUGGAAAACGACUAUGGGAUUUACAACAGGAAGAUGUCGGAUUACUUCCCUCCAGAUAACGAAGAAUGUGAGGAGGGGAACGUGGCCCACACGGAGGACGAUGCUAAUAAAAAUGAUGCUGCUGAUGUUCAGAUGGACAGCCAGGUAGAUCAAGAUGUUGAGAUGAUGAGCCAGGGAGAUGCGGAUGUGGACCAUCCUGACCCACCGAGCGAGCAACCAGAAACUUGCACUUCAGCCGCUGAAAAUCCUGCAAAGGAACUAACUACAGAAGGAAGUGACCCCGUGGAGGACGAGAAGUCAGCAGGAGAAAGCAAACCCAAGCAAGAGAAAGAGAAGCCCGAGGAAAAGAAUGGCGAUUCAGAGGAAGGCAUUGGUAGUGCUGGGGCCGAGAAGGAGAACAGUGCUGGAGAGAAGACUGAGAAUGCUCCUGCUGAUGCAAAACAAGAAGAUGAGGAAGACCAAGUAACAAGCAUGAACAGCAAAGAAGCAGACAGUCAAGGAUUAAUGGAGACCAUGGAGGUAGAGGGUGCUGAAAAUGAGGAGAACACCACGACUACACACACUAGCAAGUCUGAAGGUGAAGUGAUGCAUCAGGAUAAAAGCCCUGCAGAAACAAACCAAGCAACUCAAACAGACAGCAGUCAGUCCAAAGAUGGUCCCAGUGAUAAGGGUGAGCCGAGUAAGGAGUGAGAAGACAAUCAGCCUCGUAGGUACACGCACCGCCAAACUGUGCGAAGGUGAACAUGACACCACACAGUGGAGUCUCCUGAAAAAACCCCAGGGAGAGGAUCUGUCCACCACCAUCCUCCUUCUUCUUCCCUUCCUUUCCUUUCUUUUCGGUUCGGAAUUUAAUAAAAACACAUACGAAAUUAGAGCGUCACACGUGAAUAUAUCAAAGAAUCUAGAGGGUUUCGGGGUGAUACUUUACCUCACUGAAUUGCUGCUUGAUCAUUUCCAUUCUCCAGGUUUCCUGGUGCUGGAUCUGAACAGGUUAAAAAAAAAAAAAAAAAAAAGAGUGCUCUGGGUUAGAUGGGUUCUUAAUUUACGCUUAUAAAGAAUAUAUUCUCAUUGAUUGAUGCUUUGCACAAGGUCUGCUGUAACACGGCACCUUUACAUCAAUUACAAAUAUGUUUAUUUGAUUUCCUUUAAUACUUAAUGCUAAAAGUGACACGUCAGUAUGAAUGUUCAUGUCUGCAUAUGGCCAUAUGUAUGAAUAUGCAAGCCAAUGAUGAAAUGAAACACUUGGCAUUAAUAGAGUAAGUGCUUAGUGAAAUGGGGAAAGUAACAGAUGCAUUUGGAUUCCACAUGAAAUUAGUAUAAAUGAAAUAAAACUGAUUAUAUAUAUGUAUAUUAAAUAAAAAAAUUAAUUAAUUAAAUAGUGUGCAGAAUAAUAUGGAUUUCCUAAUUCUGUAUAUUCUAUAUAUGGACAGUUUAAUUUGAAUGUGAAAAGGAUACUUUGUUGUUGUUGUUUUUUUACUGGCCCGAGUGAAGUCAAACCAGGGUAGUUUAAACCAAGUAAGAAAACUACAGCAUAUCUUUUUGCGAUUAUUUUUCUUCUUUAAAAUGACUUUUAACACGUCGUGGGUCCGUACAGUAACGCAUCACUACACAUCAUCUCUCAGAGAGGUUCACGUUUUUUCCUGCACCGUGCUUCAAAAACCAUGCCACACUAUAAAAAAAAACCUCUCUCUCUCUUCUCGUUUCACGUCCACGUUUCUUCUAAUCUUGCUCACCGGUGCCAUGUUAACACAUGAAUGUUUCUCAGUUUCUACCCUAAUGCAUGCAAUCGGGUUUAUUUGUGGCUUUUUUUAUUUUAAACAGAGCGCACACUAUUUUUUACUGAAUUUUGUGUGUUCCAAAAAUAAAAAAUUUUUAAAAAAUCAGCCUUAUUUGACAGGACAGAUAUGACAUGAUCACAAGAACCAUGGCAGUGCUACAUGCAAAUUUGAUGCUUGGAAUCAUUGUGAAUAUAUAUAUAUAUAUAUAUAUAUAUAUAUAUAUAUAUAUAUAUAUAUAUAUAUAUAUAUAUAUAUAUAUAUAUAUAUAUAUAUAUGCUGAUGAGUGAUGUUUCCUCUCUUUUUUCUUCUUGGGUUCAAGGUGAAAAGUCGAAAAUAUAUAUUUCUUUUGUUUUGUUUUGUUGGAAGUUUUGAUCAGUUUACUUGAAGUGGUGCCAUAAUUAUAUCAGAUGACUUUAUGCCUUCAUAAAUCGAUGUUUGCUUUGCUUUACAACUAUGAAAUAAAGUUUAAAAAGGUUCUUUCCA